AUGCCGGUUGUCGCAGUCCGCCCGACCCCAGCGCAUGCCGAGUCCGAUCCAGCUCUCCUCCAUCGGAGAGGGAGUUCCCUGCAAUGCCCGAGAGAACUCGGGAGAAGCAGGGAGGAGCGCAGGGAUCCGGCCGGGCGGUCAUUGGCUCAUCUGGACGUUAUCAGCGCUGUGGAGAUCGCGGCGACAACGCUAGGCCACAUCCGGUGGUCCCAGCGCCCCACUUGGCGGCAGGUGGCGUUCAGGCCUUAUCGGGACCUCACAGCCAAUCGUUUGGGUGAUAUCAAUGAGCUCAGAGAAAUGCAACAUGAUAAGGGCCGCAUGCUCCUUCCGGAGACGACGGGGGGAAGGGGUCCUUGGCGGAUGAUAAGGCCUCGACCAGUCCCAACGGGCAGGCCUCUUCGAUCCCCUGUCAACCACUCAACAUACCACGCUCCUGCUCGGCAAUUUUUCCAUCCCUCUCUCUCUCGUGCUCUGGGCUCCGAGCCCUUCCAGCUGCAUCUUGAUUCCGUCGACCACCUCACCUCGAUUCUUUUUCUUGUCGUCUCAACCUUCGCCAUGGCAUCGACUACCAACGUGCCGUUCACCCCAGAUUAUGCAUCUUACAACUGGACGGGCGCUCCCUCAAACUACGAGCAGCUCACAACCAAUGUAUUGGGUGGCAAUUCACGGGAGGAAAACGUGAACAAAUGGUUCCAAUCGGGUGAUCAAGCCUACAUUAUCGUGGCGUCCGCCAUGGUCAUGGUCAUGAUUCCCGGUCUCGGCUUCCUCUACUCCGGCCUCGCUCGUCGAAAAUCGGCAUUGAGUAUGAUCUGGGCCUGUAUGGCGUCUUUGUCCGUCGUCACGUUUCAAUGGUAUUUCUGGGGCUACUCGCUCGCUUUCUCGCCAACCGCCACCAACGGAUUUAUCGGUAACCUUCGCAACUUCGGUUUGAUGAAGACUAUGGCCGACCCAAGUCCUGGCUCCCCUCUGGUUCCCAACCUGCUCUACGCUUUCUAUCAGAUGCAAUUCUGCGGAGUCACGGCUGCCAUUAUCAUGGGAGCGGUCGCAGAACGUGGCCGCCUGCUCCCUGCGAUGGUGUUUGUUUUCAUCUGGGCGACAAUCGUUUACUGCCCUCUCGCCUGCUGGACAUGGAAUGUGAACGGAUGGGCGGCAAAGUGGGGGGUGUUGGAUUAUGCCGGUGGUGGCCCUGUCGAAAUCGGUUCCGGUCUGUCUGCCCUCGCCUAUUCAAUGGUGUUGGGCCGUCGUCAGGAGCGCAUGAUGUUGAACUUCCGUCCUCAUAACGUCUCGCUGAUUCUUCUGGGAACCGUUUUCCUCUGGUUUGGCUGGCUUGGAUUCAACGGCGGCUCGGCCUUUGGUGCCAACCUCCGUGCCGCUAUGGCUUGCUGGAAUACUAAUUUGACUGCGGCUUUCGCGGCCAUCACCUGGGUUGUCCUCGAUUGGCGCCUGGCUCGAAAAUGGUCUAUGGUCGGCUGGUGUUCCGGAACCAUUUCCGGCCUGGUCGCCGCCACUCCGGCUUCUGGUUUCAUCACCCCCUGGGCUAGUGUGAUUCUUGGUAUUGUGACUGGAAUUGUGUGUAACUAUGCUACCAAGGUGAAAUACUGGAUCCGGAUCGAUGAUUCGAUGGAUGUUUUCGCUGAGCACGGUGUCGCCGGUAUUGUCGGUCUCAUUUUCAACGCCCUCUUCGCGGACGAUGCUAUCGUUGGACUGGAUGGAGUGAACACCGGCAGCAAAAUGGGCGGAUGGUUAAUCCACAACUACAAGCAGCUCUACAUCCAAAUCGCCUUCAUCGUCGCCGCCUGUGCUUACACCUUCGUCGUCUCUGCCAUCAUCGCGUAUGCCAUCAACGCCAUCCCCGGUCUACAACUCCGUGCAUCCGAAGAGGCCGAGCUGCUGGGUAUGGAUGACGACCAACUCGGUGAAUUCGCCUACGACUACGUCGAGGUCCGCCGUGACUACCUGGCCUGGACCCCCCAGAAACACGACCAACUCGAGGACGGACACCAAAUCCCUGCCGCUGCGCGGUACGGAAUUGGCGAGCACAGCGAAAUGAUGUUGGACGGCCACCCACCCAUCGGCAUCGACAGCCGCGGCUGCAGCGAAGGCGAUUCCGGCAUCCAGGAAAUCAAGAUCGCCCCGGCUCCCCGACAGGUAGCUGAGCAACACCCGGUCGACGAAGGGGCUGAACUGCCCAGGCCGGAUGAAAAGGCUCAGUGA